CCGCGCCCUCCCGAGCGCUCCAGGGCUCCGGCCGCCGCCUGGCUGAGCCCAGAAGCAGCCGGGCGGUGGCAGCGGGCCGGCCGAGGCUGUGGAAGAGCGGGCCCGCGGCUAUGAAGUGGCCCCAGAGGGCACGGAGCAGAAAAACGCCCAGAGAGAGAAGCGCGCGCAUCGCACGGCAGCAGCCUUGAGGCGCUGGGGCCAGAGCAUAGGACUGCCACCCACGAUGGACCGCUCUGGGGACGAUAAGGACUCGCCACCGCAGGUAUCAACCUCUGAAGGUCCCUGACCCUGCCCUGGACGACUGCCCCUUCGCAGACUCCCGUCAGGCUGGACUCUGCAAACUUGCUUCCGCAAUGGGUGGGUGUGAGCGCUGGUAAUGAGGAGCUGUGGGUGCAGCCAGCUUUGGAGAUGCCGAAGAGACGGGACAUCCUUGCGAUUGUUCUCAUCGUGCUUCCCUGGACGCUGCUCAUCACCGUCUGGCACCAGAGCAGCCUCGCGCCUCUGCUGGCUGUGCACAAGGAUGAGGGCAGUGACCCCCGGCGUGAGGCACCACCCGGUGCGGACCCUAGGGAGUAUUGCAUGUCCGACCGAGACAUCGUGGAGGUGGUGCGCACAGAGUACGUGUACACGAGGCCACCACCGUGGUCGGACACGCUCCCCACCAUCCACGUGGUGACGCCCACCUACAGUAGACCGGUGCAGAAGGCAGAGCUGACGAGAAUGGCCAACACACUACUGCAUGUGCCCAACUUGCACUGGCUGGUGGUGGAGGACGCUCCACGCAGGACGCCCCUGACAGCCCGCCUGCUGCGCGACACUGGCCUCAACUACACACACUUGCAUGUGGAGACACCCCGCAACUACAAACUGCGAGGUGAUGCCCGAGACCCUCGCAUCCCACGCGGCACCAUGCAGCGCAACCUGGCCCUGCGCUGGCUGCGGGAGACCUUCCCACGGAACUCCACGCAGCCAGGUGUAGUGUACUUCGCGGAUGAUGACAACACCUACAGUCUGGAGCUCUUUGAAGAGAUGCGCAGCACGAGGAGGGUGUCCGUGUGGCCUGUGGCCUUCGUUGGUGGCCUUCGGUAUGAGGCCCCAAGGGUGAAUGGGGCAGGGAAGGUGGUUGGCUGGAAGACAGUGUUCGACCCCCACCGGCCAUUUGCAAUAGACAUGGCUGGAUUUGCUGUCAAUCUGCGGCUCAUCUUGCAGCGAAGUCAGGCCUACUUUAAACUCCGUGGUGUGAAGGGAGGCUACCAGGAAAGCAGCCUCCUUCGAGAACUGGUCACCCUCAAUGACCUGGAGCCCAAGGCAGCAAACUGCACCAAGAUCUUGGUCUGGCACACACGGACAGAGAAGCCAGUGCUGGUGAAUGAGGGAAAGAAGGGCUUCACUGACCCAUCGGUAGAGAUCUGAGGAUGAGGAUGCAGGAAAUCUCCUUCUCAGACCCUGAUCUUGGCCUUCCAUCCUCUCCCAUGGCUGGUAGUCACUCUGAGGCAGACUCCAGAGGAACAGCAUCACCUCUUGUCUAUUCUGAGGGCUUCCAAGAAAGCCCAGCUUGGUGCCAGGAUAAAAGACAGAGAAUUUAAGCACAGAAUCCCAGACCUGUUGUUCUCUCCAUCACCAUGGCCAGGGGCUUGAGACCCGAGGGCUGGGGAUUCCAGCAGCCAGCAAAGCCCGGGCUCUGCACACCUCCUUGGAAGCCUCCUGCAUUGAUGGGGCUGUGUAAGGAGUGACCCUGACUUGGAGUGAUGCUGGAGAUGAGGGAGGUCAGAAAAACCCCACUGUUGAGUCCAGCAUGGUUCUCCAUUGCUCCCUGCUCUUGGGCCCAGCAUGACUACACAGCAUGUGCCCAGCCAGGACAUUGUGAAGACCAGAGAGCAGCCCGGGGCAUGAAGGUGCCCCAACACUCCUCUUUCACACCUGCUCUUCCGCAGAGCUGCUCCCCAAUCACAAAUACCUCUGGCUCUUCUCUGGUUCAUGUUUACAGGGCAUAAGGCUGUCUUGGAUCCCACCUGGCACCCAGCCCUGCAUCGGGGGAGCCUGGGUCUACCUACAGCUCCUCCUGUACCUCAGGCUGUGGGAGAACAAAGCCCCUUCCCACGUCCCUCAAGCCUCCUGUGCCAGAAUUGGCAAGGUGGUGGGCCUAGAGCCCGCACAGGUCAUUAAUUGACCUGGAUUAAGAACGAUGUGACCCCAGUGUCCACACUGCCUCUCUAAUACCCCUGGGCUGCAACGCCCCCUUGCCUGGCUUGGACCGGGGACAAAAUGCCCUCUUCCCAGAACCUGAGAAUCAUAGACCUCAGGACUGGAGUUAACAGUAAUAAAUAGGAAGAGCUUUUCCUGAGAAGGCGUGAGGCCCAGCAACCGCAGCCCUUUCCUGCACUGAUUCCUGUGAGGGGUGCAUUAGCAGGGGACCUGGAGACAAGAGCAGGAUUGUUUGAACACUGGAAGAAAAGGAGACUUGAUCGCACACUGCUUUGGAAGUCACUCUAUCUUACACAAAAUGGGAAAGCUUGCAAAGCCAGCCUGGCCUCCUGGUCACUUACUCUCUCCACCCCAGAGAAAACAGUAUGCCCAGGCUGUUGUCCCCACCCACCCAGGAGAAGCCUCUGCCUGGGGUCCAGCAUCUGAGAGGCCCCUAGCUCUGGCUGGAUGCGGCCCUCUGGUGGUAAUCUCACUCCAGCUCCUACAAGUUGGAAGCACAAUUUUCCUCCAAGUGGGGAAAAAGGAAGGGCACCACAAGCCCACUGAAGAGGUGUUUAUUUUUUAACGGCUAACAGCUCCCCCUCCAUUAAAACUCAUAGGACAGGCCUAAGAGUCGUUCAGAACCCACUCUUGAGUGGAUGGGCUCAGUUCACACAUCUAACCUUCCGAGAAUAGCAUCGGCUGCCCAUUUUGAAAUGGAUUUAACUUCCCACAGUCUUCAGGAAAACCUCCGAUAGGAACAGAUCCUACAGCCACCUUGCAGGAUAUUCCCUCCGACCACUUCUACUUUGGAUGUUGCUUUGGAAACUGACCCCUUGGCAUCCCAUAGGUGGCAUGGGAGAGGGAGGAAAUAGGCACAGGGCAUCUAUCCGAUGAGUGAAUUUAUGUCUGGGCACUCUGCUGCCCAUUCAUAGAAACUGAUAGUGAAUGCCAAGGUCAAACCAGCUGCUGAGGCUGCCUUCUUAGCCAAAACCCACUGCUCCUUUUUAAGAAAUUGAAAACGAAAAACAAACUGGGGGUUUUAUUAUUGUUAUUAUUAUUUUUGGCAGGUGUUAGUUCAGUUGUUUCCACCUAAUAUCCUCUCUUAGCCGCAUGUGUAUUUAUUUAUAAUUCCAACCCCGGUGGACUGCAGCCUUUGAGAAUGAGUUUGUUACAAAUAGAACUGGGUCCGUGUUGACAACUUGUUCUCCAAACCCAGGCUGUUCCCUGCUCCCUUGCUGGAAAGCCCCACCACAGAGGAGUCAAGCCAGGGGUUUAGGAGCUCCACAGGCAGAGGCUGGUGUAAGGGUGGAGCCCAAGCUGCCGUACCAUCUGGUCUGUUUUAAUUUAACUCUAUUUAAUUUGUUUUCGAAAUUAAAAGUCAAAUAUGGUUUUUAACAGUUGUAAUCCUCUUCAGCCUUGCCUUAUUUUAGUCUCAUUUAUUAAUUUAGCCAGCCAACAAAUAGUUCCCAGGUGCCUGCUAGGAGUAGGCAUUCUUCUAGUCAGGAUCCAGCAUGAUGGAGCUCACCCACCAAAUCCAGGACACAGACAAGGGCGCUCACGCAGCAUUUCGGGUGCGAGGCGCUGGAAGAAGGGCGGAACUGCUGGAGAGGACGGAGGGUAGUAGUGGGACGGGCGGAAGUUCCUUAAAGCAUGGCAAGAAAGACCUCCCUGGUACGGGGCCUUGAGCAGAACAGCAGCAUGCCAACCUGCAGCUGAGGCAGAGCAUCCUGAUAAGAGAGAAACGCCCCCAACUGUGUGCACUCAUACCUAUAGCUCAGGAAAAAAAAAAAAGAGUAACGUGACUGCAAUUGACUGGGCAGGGGACA